CUGUCCCCUGUCUUAAUGAGAUCUGUCUGUUUCUGUCUCUCUCUUGUUUUCUGUCUCUGCUUCUUGCUCUCUCUGUCUCUGAUCUGUCCCUCUCUUCAUCCUCCACCCCUCCCCAGGUGACAGUGGGAACUGGAUUGAGAUCGCCUAUGGCACCAGCUCUGGGGGUGUGCGGGUCAUCGUCCAGCACCCUGAGACCGUGGGCUCAGGGCCCCAGCUUUUCCAGACCUUCACCGUGCACCGCAGCCCUGUCACCAAGAUCAUGCUCUCGGAGAAACACCUCAUCUCAGUCUGUGCCGACAGCAACCACGUGCGCACGUGGUCCGUGACUCGCUUCCGGGGCAUGAUUUCCACCCAGCCCGGCUCCACCCCGCUCGCUUCCUUCAAGAUCCUGGCGCUGGAGUCGGCCGACGGCCAUGGCGGCUGCAGCGCCGGCAAUGACAUUGGCCCCUACGGCGAGCGGGAUGACCAGCAAGUGUUCAUUCAGAAGGUGGUGCCAAGCGCCAGCCAGCUCUUUGUGCGCCUUUCAUCUACUGGUCAGCGGGUGUGCUCCGUGCGCUCGGUGGACGGCUCCCCCACCACCGCCUUCACGGUGCUCGAGUGUGAGGGCUCCCGGCGGCUGGGCUCUCGGCCCCGGCGCUACCUGCUCACCGGCCAGGCCAAUGGCAGCCUGGCCAUGUGGGACCUGACCACCGCCAUGGACGGCCUCGGCCAGGCCCCUGCCGGUGGCCUGACGGAGGAAGAGCUGAUGGAGCAGCUGGAGCAGUGUGAGCGGGCGCCGCUGUCUUCCUCCAGGAGCUCUCUCCCCAGCCCCUCCCCCCGCACCUCUCUCACCAGUCUUCACUUAGCCUCCAGCAACACCUCCCUGUCUGGCUGGCGCGGGAGCCCGAGCCCCCCACAGGCUGAGGCCCGGCGUCGUGGGGGAGGCAGCUUCGUGGAACGCUGCCAAGAACUGGUCCGGGGUGGGCCAGAGCCCCGACGGCCACCGACACCAGCCCCUCGGCCCCCCGCGGGUCUGGGAGCUCCCCUUGCGCCCCCCAAGGUGAAGCUCAAUGAAACUUCCUUCUGAACACAGCUGCCAUGGUGCCUUUGGAUACCCAGGUCCUGGGGGGGGUUGGCGGGGGGCGCUCUGGUGCCUCCCUGCUUCCUGUCAGGGCCCUGGGUUCAGGGCCAGGGCCUCCUUGGAGUGGUCACUGUUACUAGGCCCCCACUGUCCCCCCUUUUCUGGAGCCAAAGUCACCCUCCCCUAAUAAAGUUCUCACUGCCAACA